GCAUCGUCUUCUCCGAUCUCUGGAUCUAGGGUUUUUGUUUCUUCUCUCUCCUCUCUCUAUCCUCUUCUUCACUUUCACGGCUUAGCAGAACUCCUCAGGUUCCGAGAGUUAUAGGGUUUCUGAAAAUUCUCUCUCUCUAGAGAUUCAAAGAUCUUAACUUUCUUCGAUCACUCCACUCUGAGAUCACUUUCUGAGAUUUUGAGUUUCUGGGUUUGUUCGUAUCGGUCAGAACCAAUCAGGGCGAGAUUAAAGUCGAUAACUUUGAAGAAGAUGCAACAAAACCAAGUGAAGAAGGACACGAAAGAGAUGGACUUUUUCACAGAGUACGGCGACGCCAACCGAUACAGGAUCCUCGAAGUGAUCGGCAAAGGAAGCUACGGGGUGGUGUGCGCAGCCGUGGACACGCACACGGGAGAGAAAGUCGCUAUCAAGAAGAUCAACAACGUCUUCGAGCACAUCUCCGACGCGCUCCGUAUGCUCCGCGAGGUGAAGCUUCUCCGGCUCCUGAGGCACCCGGACAUAGUGGAGAUCAAAAGCAUCUUGCUCCCGCCUUCCAAGAGGGAGUUCAGAGACAUCUACGUUGUCUUUGAGCUCAUGGAGUCUGAUCUUCAUCAGGUUAUUAAGGCUAAUGAUGAUUUGACUAAGGAGCAUCAUCAGUUUUUUCUUUAUCAGAUGCUUCGUGCCUUGAAGUUCAUGCACACAGCUAAUGUGUAUCAUCGUGAUCUUAAGCCGAAGAAUAUACUGGCGAAUGCGAACUGCAAGUUGAAAGUUUGUGACUUUGGAUUGGCUAGAGUAGCGUUUAAUGAUACUCCCACAACAGUCUUUUGGACGGACUAUGUUGCAACGAGAUGGUACAGAGCGCCUGAGCUAUGUGGAUCAUUCUUUUCUAAGUACACUCCAGCUAUAGAUAUUUGGAGCAUUGGGUGCAUAUUUGCAGAGGUGCUAACAGGGAAGCCAUUGUUUCCGGGGAAAAGCGUUGCUCAUCAGCUUGAGUUGAUUACUGAUCUUCUUGGCUCACCAAAGUCAGAGACCAUCUCUGGAGUACGAAAUGAUAAAGCUAGAAAAUACUUGAGUGAAAUGAGGAAGAAAGAUCCAGUCACCUUCUCUCAAAAAUUCUCCAAAGCAGAUCCUUUAGCUGUCAGACUUUUGCAGAAGCUGUUGGCGUUUGAUCCAAAGGAUAGACCCACUGCUGCUGAGGCAUUGGCUGAUCCUUACUUUAAGGGUCUCUCUAAGAUUGAAAGAGAGCCAUCGUGUCAGCCAAUCUCGAAGAUGGAGUUUGAGUUUGAGAGAAGAAGGUUGACAAAGGAUGACAUUAGGGAACUUAUUUACAGGGAGAUAUUAGAGUACCAUCCUCAGUUGCUCAAGGACUACAUGAGCGGAUCUGAGGGUUCAAGUUUUGUAUAUCCUAGCGCAAUAGGACAUCUUAGGAAGCAGUUCAAUUACUUAGAGGAGAAUAGCAGUAGGAAUGGGCCGGUCAUACCUCCUGAGAGGAAGCACGUAUCACUUCCUCGGUCUACAGUACACUCAAGUGUAGUCCAUUCCAGUAGUCAACCCAACUUGUGUGCAACGGAGAGUAGACGUGUUCAUUUCGAGCAGCCUUCAAGAAAUGGAGCAGUUCCUUCAGGACAUUCAUUAACUAAAGCUUUAGGACCUCCACCAAGAGCACCACCACCAUCAGGUAGAUCAAGUCGUGUUGUGGAACCAUCUGCAUCUUAUGAGAAUGGGAGGAACCACAAAGAAGCUUAUUUCAGAAGCGCGGUAUCAUCUCCUCACUGUUACUUCAAAGCAAACACCAUGAUGAACUCAGAUAAAGCUUUGUCUCAGCCAAAACCUCAAGAGUUCGUCCACCAAUACAGUCCUGCCGUGCCGCCGCCAGCUGCUAGGACCAACCAAACAAACCCUUAUUUCCAGUCACAUCUCCCCAAGACAGAUCAAUCAAGCAACAACAACAACACACAAAUGGCCAUUGAUGCUACCUUGUUGCAAGCACAAUCACAGUUUGGUCCAGCCGCAGCGGUUGCAGUAGCAGCACACCGGAACGUAGGCACAGUUGGUUACAGUGCAGCGUCGUAGACUCAUCAAGCAAACAUCAUUUGAGACAGGAUCUUUAACAAGAACCAGGUGGUUCCGGCAUUAGCUUUUUAUGUAAAGUAUUGUUUCAGGCAGGCUCUGAUUUAAUUGCAGUGAUGUAAUAAAAGACAUGCAGAAGUAGUAACUCACAAGAACAAGAACAAGGUUCGGUUUAGAUCAGUCUGAUUCAGGGUUGUUACCGGUUAUCGUUUCGGUUAUCUUGUUGGCUCCGUAGUCUUUGAAUUUGUUAUAAGCGUAGUUCAUUGAAGAGAAGAAGAUUGUUGUGAUUAUAUA